UGAUCCCGCUGUUGAUGACAUGACUGUGCCAUACCCAAAUCAGGCCAUCGAUGAAGACUACCGGAACAACUUCGGAUUGAAUCGCGGUCACUUGUUUCCCAGCGGACAUGCAGGUGAUGAUGUCACUGCCGAAUCUACAUUCACACUGACCAACAUUGUGCCACAGAAGAUCACCUUUAACUCCGGCAGUUGGAAUCGCAUGGAAAGAGAAAUUUCAGGCAUUAUGAAUAAACUUUGCUAUGACAAUAAUAAGGAAGUUUUAGCCCAUGUGCUGACCGGAGCAAUACCUGGCAAGAAUAAACUGAAUGGGAAAGUGAACAUUCCCUCCCACAUGUGGAUGGCAUUCUGCUGUUACAAAAGUACAGGGAAUACAUUUGUCUCCGAAGCUCACUGGGCCCUAAAUGUAGAUGAACACAAAGAAAAAACUGUCAUUAAAGAUAGCCUGCAGAAAUUACAGGAAUUUCUGAGUCAACAACUGAAGACAAAAGUACAGCUGUUUCACAACAACUGCACAAAAAAGCGUCAAGGAAACUAGCAACUGAACUAUCAUUUAUUCAGUUUCAAAAUACUUUUAUUAUGCUUGCAGCUCUUCCAAAGUCAUAAUAUAUGAUUAUAUAAUCCUACUUUCAACUCUUUAUAAUGUCAGUUUUAGUAUCUGCAUUUAAAAAAAUAUACAGUACUUUUAAAAAAUAUGUCUGUGUAAAUUGUUCUAAUAAAGCUUGUGCA